AUGUCUGACACUACCGGUAAACCGACGCGGAAAUGGUACGACUGGUUCUCCCCGGACGAUACACCGGAGGAGAGGAAGCUUGUGCUAAAGCUCGAUCUUCUGAUUGUUCCGUAUGCAUUCAUAGUGUAUUGGGUCAAGUACAUUGACCAAGGAAAUAUCAAUAAUGCCUAUGUAUCCGGGAUGGCAGACGAACUGGGCUUCCACGGGAAUGAACUGGUGCAUUUCCAGACAAUAUUCACAGUUGGAAAUGUUGUCGCUCUCUUACCGUUUAUGUAUCUUUUCCCUCGCGUGCCGAUGCACUACCUUGUGCCGGCUCUUGACCUGCUCUGGGGGAUAUUCACCUUGCUGCAGUACAGGGCGACCAGCUAUGCAGAGAUUAUGGCAUACAGGUUCAUGGUCUCAAUCUUUGAGGCAUCAUACUUCCCUGGCGUCCACUUCGUUCUCGGCUCGUGGUAUAAAAGCAACGAAAUCGGCCGACGAGGCGGCGCAUUAUAUGUCGGCCUGACGCUGGGCUAUUUAACAGCCAGCCUUCUCCAAAGCGCCACGCUAGAUAAUCUCGAUGGAGUCAAUGGGCUCCCAGGCUGGCGCUGGCUCUUCAUCAUCAACGCUAUCAUCACUCUGCCUCUUGCGCUAAUAGGCUGCUUCAUCUACCCCGGCACAAUUGACAAGCCAAACAGACUGGUCGUCUCAGAGAAAGACCUUCAGCUGGCGCGUCGAAGACUGGAAAAGCAAGGCGCCAAGGUGGAAAGUGCCCCGUUCUCGUGGAAGCUCGCGAAGAAAAUCGCUUUCACGAAGAGAUUCUGGCUCGUGCUUCUUUGGGAUAGCCUCUUCUUUAACUCAAGCGCCAAUACGGCAUCGUUUCUGCUCUGGCUACAAAGUCUGGGCCGGUACACUGCAUCCAGGGAGAACCAGCUCAACUCGAUAAGCCCAGCGUUGGGAAUAUUCUUCAUUCUCUUCAUAAAUUUUAGUACGGACUUAUUCCUCGAGCGGGCAUGGGCUAUUACACUCGCUUCGGCAUUUAACUUUACGAGCCUGGUAAUCCUGGCAAUCUGGGACGUCCCCGAAGGAGCGAAAUGGUUUGCCUACAGUGUGCAUUACUCGUCUGUUGCUGUCUCGUCUGUGCUGUAUGGAUGGGUGAAUGUGAUCUACCGGGACAAUAUCGAAGAGCGCGCAGUGGUCCUGGUUCUGAUUACUGCGAUUUCCACAAUGUGGACUUGCUGGAUUCCGCUGUUCACGUAUCCAACUGUCGAGGGACCAAGGUUCGAGCAUGGGUAUGUCUUCUCGGCGGUGAUUACGGCUUUACUUGUUGGCAUGACGUUUGUGAUUCGUUAUGUUUAUGGGCCGAAUGGGUGA